AUGGAAAGCAAGACUAUUCAAGAAUUUGCUGUGGUGGCCAGCAAGAUCUGGUGGAGAAGGAACACUUUAGUCUUUAAAGGUAUUUUUGCUCACCCGAAAGUAAUUAUGCAUGAGGCAAGAACCACCUUGGACGUGCUGGAUGAGGAAAAUUCAAACCAUGGUGCUCGAGCCAACAUGAUCUGCACUUCAGCAGAGACUUGUGCUAUUGACAAAGCUAGAGGUUUAGUUGGUGUGGGAGUGGUAGUGAGGAACAGUUCAGGAAGAAUCAUAGCAACCUUGAGAACCAAGAAACACCUCUAUCCUGAUCCAUUACUAGCUGAGGCAUUCGAUGCUCUUAAAACGGUGCAAUUUGGUCUGGAGCUUGGGUUUACACAGAUUAUUAUUGAAGGAGAUUCCCUUCAAGUCAUCAACAACCUUAAAAGGGACAAAGAAGGCUACAACAGCUCUAGUAUGUAUGUUCAUGAAGCAAAACAGAUCUUAGGAAAUUUUGCAAAGUGGGAGGUUUCUCAUGUUAGGAGAAAUGGCAACUCUUUAGCUCACUUGUUAGCAAAAGAUGCUCUAUCCAAUUAUGAUCAUAUUGUAAUAUUGGGGGAUCUUCCUCCCUGUAUUCAGUUGGAUUGA